AUGCUGAACCUGACGUUGGCGAAAUAUGCGUUCAACAUCUACGGCAAUCUACAUCCAAACGAUCAGCUGCUGUCAGGGGGGCUGAUCAAACUGCAGCUUGAUCUGCUCAUUUAUAAUUGCGACCGAGAAGUGGCCAGUUUGUCUCAAUUCGCCCUACACCGCUACGCUGAUGGUGGUGACGCCGUCGUGCUAGGAGGGAAGAAUUGCCUCAAAUUAUUGAUCACAAAUGAGGAUCAACUGAAGAUUACCCAGGAGGUCAAUUUGCUUGACCAAACCCCACAGACUCGAGGAGCUAACAAAGUGAGCAUCAUUAACACCGUCAAGGCAUUUGGCGAUACUAUAGCCUGUGGUCACGCCAACGGCGUUGUCAGUGUGAGAAAAGUGACACCUCUGGGCAAAGCAAAACUUGUUUCAAGAUACAAUGACCACAAGCGGACCAUCAAUUCGCUCGACUACAUUGGUGACGAGAACAACCCAUCACAUUUAAUCCUGGGACUGCAGGACGGGCUGAUCAAACUUUGGGAUCUUCGCCUGCUGCUGACAAAGCCCCUGCUUUCCAUUGUCCUGAGUUCGCAUCUGGACCCAGUACGGCUGUGUCAACAUCUGCCUCAUGGUGGCAUUCGAAACAAAGUUGUUAUCCUUUCAGUGCACGACCUGGGAGCAUUGUGCAAGUUCGAUAUCAGGGCCCAGGGGGGUAUAAUCAGUGGGGGACACUCGAUUGGACCUGAACGGCGGUGGAAUCUCCACACUGGUCCGGCACUUUCUCUCCAUGUUCAUCCUCAUCGUGAGUACGUCAUCACCGGUGGACGCGAUCAAAAAAUGUGCGUGUGGAACUACAGUGACGCUGCUCUGGUGACACUGAACCGUCACUUGUCCCUGGAUUACAUUGUAAACACCUGGGGUCCAGUGAUGAAGGUACGAUGGUGCCAAUACCCGAGUGACAACCGGAUGCGUGAAGACGACGCUGAUGAAUACUUUUCAUCAUCGUUAUACAACUACGACUUUGCCUGCUCCUAUCUUAAUGAUGAUCUGACGAUCCUGGUAUUCAACCUCAACCGCAAAUUCAUUCCCAAAGAAGUCAUCACUACAACUACGGGUAAACCCGUUCAAAAUUUCAUUUGGUCCCUGAAUCCAUCACAUCAACGACGCGUAUGGCUUGUUACCAAAGCCAACGAGUUUAUAAGUACAACGCUUGACCAUCUGGCUCCUGAAGUAUCACUGCCAUUGACCGAACUUACCCUGAUGCUGAUGGACUUUGAUCCUGUAGGGGAUAUGGCAUUUGUCAAUCAAGAGAAGUACGAAUUUGAGUUGGAAGAUUACGAUGUGGACGAUGUGGACACCAUGGGGGGUGAAACCAAAUCACUAGACAAUAUGUCCAUGAAUCACCCGGUGCCAAUCAAAGCAGCCGCUCUGACUAACCUGUUCAACGUAUUCAGCUCAUCCAUCACUCCUCUGCCCGUGGAGAAGCCACCAUUGCUUCGGAGCUGUACGACAGUGGGUAAAACUCCUUCACCAGGUCCCUUCCGUCGUGGCAGUGGACACGGUUUCACACGACCCAAACUCAGCCGAAACCCACUGCAACUGACAGUGGACCUGGGAUCACUGGCAGGGCUGCCAGCAGUACACCCACCAAUGAUUUCCUCAAAGCCGCAUAAUCAGCACCGCAAAUUCAUCGGGGCUAGCUACCAGCUGCCAUACGUGAUCCCACUUCGUCUACCGCUCCCAUUGAAUGACAAUGAUGUUUUCAGUCAUUUAGCCACAAACUAUUUGCUUGCGCCCCCUGAUGGCUUUUCAUUACUUGAUGCUUGUCAAAUUAAUGCCUCCAUUGCAGUGAGUGUCAACCAGUAUCGGGAAACGCAAAUGUGGCGUAUUCUCGCCGUGUCACUUGAAGAUGAGCAGUUUCCGCAUGGCGGCGGAGUGGUAGCUACUUAUGAUCCAAUGCCAAAACCUCAAGAACCGGCUAGCGUUGUUGGCUCCUACCACAGCAACCUGACAACUAAUACUAACUAUGGUGGACUGGCCAUUGCCACUGAUCACAUCACUCUGCUGGAGUCGCUUGCGAGACCUCAACCACUGUCUCCCUAUAAACAUCCCGGUCGUCCCAGUUUUCUCACUCAAGCCAGCUCCAGCCCCGGCGCGGCUGCAAAGUGGCACCCUAAGCGAUUCACCUUGGAUGAGGAAACUAUUGAGGACGGAGAUGCCCCAAUAAUGCGGUUACGUCAAGGGAUAAUGUCAAGCACUGAACUUGAAGAUAGCCAUCAGCUUACACCUCCACCUCAACAGCCCGAACGACGCCUGUUCUCCCAUCAAAGACGACCUUUACUUCGUCAUCUUACCACUGAUGAUUUUGAUAAUGAAAACGUCGCCUUCAACCACAGCCUCCACGCACACCCUCCAGCAAGUCUGUUACCUCGCACCAGUCCCAGAGGUUUCAUGCCUCAUUUCCCGUUGCCGAUGAGCAACGUCCAUUCAGGAUCACUGCCUCAUCGGUACAGUGAGCAUCUGCGCGAGCUGUGGUGGGCGCUGCUGAGACGCAAUUCUCAACUCACGGCUCCCUUGCACCGUUCCAACCUGAACCAUCAUUCGCUCGAUUUCAUUCCUCGUCCCGGGUUAGCUGAAGUGGAGGAAGAAUUGAAGAGUCACCCAAGCACGGCCUUACUCACCAAUAUGACUCUGGAGCUCACCAAAGCUAUGCGCAAUCUGAGUAUGAUCAGUCCUCCGUGGGAAACAGCGACAUUGAUCAGAAAGGAAGUAGAGUACUGUCAGCUUCUGGGGGACAUUGUCACCUUGGCAACGUUGGUGAUAUUGUUCUAUGCUAAAUACCCCAAGACUUUCUCCAAAGAUGAAGCCACGAAGAUCAUCAUGAUGUAUAUCGAGAAUCUCCAACGUCGCCAGCUUUUUGUGGAAGCUACUCAGGUGAUCAAAUCAACACCCCCCGAACUUGUCGGAGCGAUAAUGAAGAAGAUGCCUCAAGAUGUCAACCUCAGAUUUUUCUGUGAACAUUGCGGUAGAGUGAUGGUAAAUGAGCUGCUGAAGCAACGAUUCAAGGAAAACAAACUGAAAGAGUUUGGUUUUUGGUACUGUGACGAAUGUCGCCGCAAUCAACUGAAUUGCAUCUAUUGUUGCAAGCCUUGUAAAGGGUUAUCAGUGGUGGUGUCGCUUCAGUGUGGUCACCGGGGUCACUUUAAGUGCCUAAAGGAAUGGUUUGUUGCUGGCGACAAUGCCGAAUGCCCUGGUGGUUGUAACUUUAGGAUAGUGUGA